AGAGAAUACCAUCGAUAUUACCAUUAUACUAUCAUUGGCUGCUACAUUGUUGUAUUGGUCGUUGAAUAACACGAAUAGAAAUGAAAGCAUGAAUUGGCCUGCUCGCUCAUUUCUCGUUUUCAAGUUUUUCAUGUGAAAAAUCAUUGAUUAAAUGAAGCAGUAUACGCGAGUUAUUUUCUAACAAGUGAAGGAAGAUUUAUUGCUAAAGUAAUAAGUUCGAAUUUGAAAAUUUGAUCAAGUAUUUUUGAAAAUGGUAGAAAGAGCAUUUUUAAGUGCUAAUAACUAUUUACAGUUCUUUAAAGAGAUCGACGAUAUUUAUACAGCGAAAGAUGAUGCCAUUAACAAUAUAUUCGCUGAGAUAAAUCUUGCCUAUGGUCAUCUUUUGCAAGAUGAUGAGGAGCCUCAAAAUUCCAACGAAUUCUUGAUACCGGAAAUCCCAAAGAAUAAAAAAGAAACGAAAGAGAAGCCGGAAUCAUCACGAAUGACUCGAAAAAAAGCGUCAUUGUUAAAUGAAACAGUCGGUAUAUCCGCCGAAAAAGUCGACAGUACAAAUGAUCCAGAUGCAUUCAGAAGAAGCUCCAGAAUUGCUUCAAAAAAAAUUCCUCAGCGUUUAUCUUCAGCCUGUGAGAAUAUUGAAGACGAAUCAUCGAUCAAUGCUUCAAGAUCACCUGCCCAACCUCUCAGUCAAUCGAAGCAAAAAUAUGAUACGAAAAAUAAAGAUUCCACAAAUACAGAAGACUCGAUGAAAUUUUUAGCUCAUUCCACCCCUCUGACGCUAUCUCCUUUUGACGAAAAAAACGAUGUCAAUUCCGGAAACAAAACACCCAAUGACAAAAUUGCGUCAAUUUUGAAACUCGAAGAAAAGCCUAAUUCGGUGAAGAAGCGCGUUGAAGAGUUGGAAAAACGUCCUACGAAAGGAAUCAUACCCAACAAAUUGCCGAUGAAAACACCCGAUAAAAAGAAAAAUUAUUUUGACAUUUGUUUCAAAACACAGGCACAAGUUGAAAAACCCCGCGUGGAUAAUGCUCCUGUUUGCAAAUCCAGAUUAUUAAGAAGCAACAGAACUUUGAAAGAUAUUAAAAAUGCGAAUGUCGAAACGUCUCAAAGCCAAGUUAUUGAGAUCAAGAAACCAACAAGGUUUAAAAAUAAUCCUAAUACAGGAAACAAAAUAAAAAUGGGCAUCGGUAGCAAAGCAACGAAUCAGCGACUACAAGAAGCCGAUGAAAAUUCGAAUUCUCCGAAGUUAGAAAAAAAGAUCAAUGAAAAAUCAGCACCUCCGAAGAAAUAUUUCAACCAAAUUAAAGUUAAAGAUGUAAAAACGCAAAAAACUAAUAGCAGCAAUGAAACUUCACAAAAUGAUGAUAGUACUCGAGAACAAGAAGCGAAACAAGCUGAAAGUAGAUUAGCAGAGAAUGCGCAAUACGAAUUGGAUCACGUUUUGGAGAACGAAUCGAGUGAAGAUGAAGAAUGUCCUAAAAAACAAAUACCAUUAUGGGCGACUAAAGAAAUGCGGGAAUAUCCGCUGCAUGUGCAAGCUUGGAUAGAUAAAAAAGAAACUGUGUAUCCGUGGUUUUUUAAUAAGAAUAUCAAGAAUCCAAAAUUAGAAGAAUUAUUUUCUGUUGCCAUUAAAAUGCGUCCACGUACUUCUAGCGCUGUAUGGACUACCAAAACUCAUUUAAAAUGAAGAGUAAACAUUAAGAUAUUGAGUAGGUAACAGAGCCCUGCACGCUACCGUUACUAACGGGGGUUACAACUUACGUUACGCGUUGUCGCUACCAAAAACAACGCUAACGCGAUACCAAAUGACGUCAUCUAUUAGGAAUCGUCGUAUGUUGCCGUUACCAUGAAAAUGCGUUACUGUAACGCGUUAUAACGUCAAGUUACCUUUUUUUAAAUCAUUUUCAUUUCUCCAAAACUAUGAUACUUCGAUCAAAACUGAUUUCACAGUUCGAAAGGGUAUUGAAUUUUGAACUUUUUAAGCAUUUUGAAAUUUUCAAAAUUUGAAAGUUGAACUCUCAAAUUAAAAGUUCAAAUCUCAAAAUGGUGCUGUAAGUGGGAGCUACCAUUUAAAAUUCUGUAAAAAUUUCCAUAGAUGUACCUUUUGAUGCUUUUUCGAAAUAUUCAAGUUUCGAGAUGGGAUCUCUUAAUUGAGGGGGAGCACCCCCACCCCAAAUUUAGGGCAACACAUUCGAAAAGAAAUCUGGGGCAUGUGAUAUAUCGAAUUGUAUGUUUUUGGUAACGCUGAACACGAAUAUGACGUUAGAUUUUUGAUUGUGCCCGAGUUUGGCUUUCAUUCUAGAUAACGAUCUGUCUAAAGCAAAAUAUAUUAGUACUCGAUUGUUGGGAAAACAACAAAAUGCAAACAUAUUCCCCAGCUAUCAAAUAGUAUCAAAAGCGAAAAACAAAUGCUAUCCGCAAGGUAUAGAAUGUAAUGAAAUAGGUCGCCGAAUCCCAAUGCAAUCUUUGUUGGACCACACCGCGCUCAGAAUUGUAGAGCUAUUACAAACAACUCAAAAUACAACCUUAGAAGGAGAGUUUAUAUUAAUAUCAAAAUGGGGUAUAGAUGGAACUUCCGAUCAAACUCUAUAUCGACAAGCAUUCCAACAAGCAGAAAAUUUUAACAAGUCCGAGACAACAAGGUGAGUUUUCAAGUCUAUGAUACUGAUAUUUAUUAAUAGUAGGUACCUAGCAGCUACAUUGUGAUAAAAAUUAUCAAAAAUGACAUAAAGUUCAUGAAACAAGACGUACAUCCGAUUACUUAAAUAGGUGAAAAAGUUUUAUUUACGAGAUCGGAAAAAAAUACAUUCAUAAAUGAGAGGUCACAUGAUAUACUUUUUACAACUUUCAAAACUUUUCAAUCAAAUUAGGUGGGGCAUACUGCAGAGGCAUGGGGGUGUGGAUGAGGUUAGCGUAAAAUUGGACGUCAUAUUCGUGUUUGGGGGGUUCGAUUCAUAUGGAGACGACACUAAUAUUAUGAAAAUAGCUCAACUUUUAAUUCAGUAAAAAGUGAGGGGCGUAGAGUCACCGGAGGGGUGUGAAUGAGGGUUGCAUAAAAUUUGACUUCAUAUUCGUGUUUGGAGUGUUCGAUUCAUAUGAGAACGACGCCAAUAUUAUUAUAUAGUUCAGCUUUUAAUAUAAUAGUAAAAAUUGAGGUGGUGGCAGAGACUCUGGAGGGGUGUGGUUGAGGGUAGCAUAAAAUUGGACGUCAUUUCGUGGUCGGGGUUUCGAUUCAUAUGGAAACGAAACCUCGUUUACCAAAAACAAUAAUUUACACCAGAUUCCAUUUUUAACCCCUCUGUAAGUUUUUUCAAUUUUUGACCACGGCCUGAAAAAAAUAUGUUUUUUAGGGGUUAAAAACACACUUAAAAAUUCUAUUCGCAUUUUUGUGCCGAAUCAUGGUCAUCGUUAAAACAGGCAAACAAAGCUAAAACACGCCAUUUUGAGAGGGAAAUAUGGGGGAGGGGGGUGAAAAUUUUUGUGAGGAUACCUCUGAUGGAUGUUUACAACAUAGCAAAAAAUUGAAAAAAUUGGUUCACAUGGGGCUGAGAAAAAAAUUUCUAUUGUAAUUUCAGAAAAGGGGGGGAGGUUUCUCGAAAACCAGGGGGUCUGGGGGUCUGAAACGUUCGUGACGGAAGGUGCUCAAGGGUACCCACCUUACAUGCAAAUAUCAACCCUGAAGCUCUCGGGGGCAAAUUCGCCAUACUUAUCCACCUACAGCCUUUCCACUUCAUUUCUUUAAAAUUACUUUUCUGAUAAGUGUACCUAUGUAUGUACUUACAUCUUUGGAUAACAUGAAUCAGUUCAAAUCAUGCAAUAAAUGCAUCAGUGUUCAUUUUUUAUUUUAAAAAUGAAGUUGGGAAAAAUUGGUUUACAAAUGCGUUAUAACGGUAACAGGCAUCGUCGCUACCAGUAAUCUGUUACCAUUUGACGUCAUCGGUAACGUGCGUUCCUGGUAACGCGUUACCAAAAGUAACGCGUUAGAAUAUAACGUGGGGAAAAAUGAUUACCCGUUACGUAACGGGAGUACAAAUUAACGUAACGUGCAGGGCUCUGGUAGGUAAUAGUCACCAAAUGAUAAAUUAUAAAUUAUUUAUCUAUAUAGUAAUACUAGCAGUAAGUUAAGUAGGUAUUUUAAGACGAUUUCUACUUUAUUUUUUACUUUAAGUUAUAAUUAAAUGUCGUUUUAAUUUCUA